UAUUUUUUUUAUUUUAUUUUAUUUUAUUUUAUUUUAUUUUUUUUUAAAAUACUCUAUCUUUCCAAACAAUGUCAGACUUUGGUGAUUUCAACACUCCUUCAGAAGACCCUACUGCUGACUUUCUUGCACGUGAAAGAGCAGCCUUAGGUGAUGAUGCUGAUCUUUUUGCUUCAAAUGAUAAUAACGACCUCAUCUCCAACGAUUUAACAUCACCUGUUUCAGCUUCUGUUAACAGUUUUACAACACCCCUAUCUCCUAACAAUUUUAAUGAUGGUCAUAUUAGUGCUUUAAGUCAUCACUCACAUUCAAGUGCAACUAAGCCCGUUGAACAGGACCUGAUGGGUACUUCUUCCUUUGAGAGUCAAUAUCCUAAAGCUGAAGAAUUAGAAACUUCUCAGGCCUUCCACAAGGCUAUGCUACCAGAAGAAGAACCAGAAACUGUGCGUCAAUGGCGAGAAAAACAAAAAGAAAUUAUUGCUGAACGUGAUGCUGAAUCUGAAAGAAAGAAAGAAGAAACUAUUAAGCAAGCUCGUGAAGAUAUUGAUAAAUUUUACGAGGAAUAUAAUGAUAAGAAACAAAAAUCUAUUGAAGAAAAUAGGUAAAAAAAAAAAGGGAGGAGGGCUUAUUAUAAAAAGGCUGUAGGUUUUAUUAAAAUCCUCUUUUUUGCAGAGAACGUGAGGAAAAUAAUGAAAAGAAUCGCGAACAAGUUCAGUCAUCAGCUAAUGUUUGGGAACGUGUUAUUCGUGAAAUUGAUACAACCAAUGCUAAAACUGGCUACCAUACAAAGGAUGUUACUAGAAUGAAGGAAUUAAUGUUUGAUCUUAAAAAAGAUGCUAAGGCGCCUGGCAAUAUUAUUGAGGCUUAAGGUUUAUAUUUAUAGUAUACAUUUUACAGACUUGUAAUAGCUGUGUUUCAUUUAAAAAAAAAA